GAGGCCGGCAGGUCUGCUUUCCACAGGUUUCCCUCCAAUGAGAGUCACAGAGACACUACAUUGUUGAGAGUGCUGUGGGCUGCGCGUGCGACUGUUGUUCGUUGCGCGUAAAUUGCGAUCUUUUCUGAGAUAAUGGAGCGCUGGGAGGGCAAGACCGCAUUAGUGACAGGGGCUAGUGCGGGCAUCGGAGCGGCGGUGUGCGUCGCACUAGCUGACGCGGGAAUGAAGGUGGUUGGGCUAGCCAGGAGAGCGCCUUUGGUUGAGAAACUGCAGUCGCGCGUCAAAGGCAAGGGCAGCAUCAUGGGCAGACAGUGCGACGUGUCACAGCCGCACGAGGUCGCGGCGGUAUUCCAGUGGCUGGACUCGCUAGGCGGGGUUGACUUGCUCGUCAACAACGCUGGCGUGUUCUUCCCUGGGGGCAUGACUGACAUUGGUCCGAAGCCAACGCCAGAGGAAGACCUGCUGAAAUGCAUUGACGUGAACGUGAAAGGAGUGGUGAUGUGCUCGCGGCACGCUGUCGCCUCCAUGCGACGCCGCGGCGUCGACGGACAUAUCGUCAACAUUAACAGUAUCGCGGGCCACUACAUUCCCUUCGACACGAUGUUCAACGUGUACCCGGGCUCCAAGCACGCCGUCACCGGCAUCACGGCGUCUCUCGACAACGAACUGUGCGACUUCGGCAGCAAAAUCAAAACAACUAGUAUAUCUCCUGGCCUGGUAGCCACGGACAUGGUGCUGGCCGAGUUAGACGGCGCUCCGCUGACGGCCCCGGCGCUGCGGCCCGAAGACGUCGCAGAGGCCGUGCGCUAUGUGGUCUCCACCCCGCCCUCCGUCAACAUUAACGAGCUGACUAUCACGCCUGUCGGGGGAAAGCGGCUCUGAGACCUCAGAAUGUAGCACGAAAGAUUACUCACCUGUAUAGUAUUAAAUAAUUAUAAUGUUCGCACUUUCGUCCUGUGGAAAAUUAAUUAAGAUCCAGUUUGUAAAAUUAUAUUAAUACAUACCUAUG